UUCAGAGUAAAUGAAAGUGAUCUCAGAGUGCUGCUCUCUCUCAGUCUAGAAGUGCAGGAAAAUGGCAGAGUCCAGUAUUUCAGUAGAUCACGAUCAGUUCAGCUGUCCAAUCUGUCUGGAUCUGCUGAAGGAUCCAGUGACUGUUCCCUGUGGACACAGUUUCUGUAUGGUGUGUAUUAAUGGCUGCUGGGAUCAGGAGGAUCAGAGGGGGAUCUACAGCUGCCCCCAGUGCAGAGAGACCUUCACUCCAAGGCCUGUUCUACGCAGAAACAACAUGCUGGCUGAAGUGGUGGAGAAACUGAAGAAGAACACAGAACUCCAAGCUGCUUCUCCUGCUCCCCGUUACGCUGGAGCUGGAGAUGUGGAGUGUGAUUUCUGCACCGGGAGAAAACUCAGAGCCAUCAAGUCCUGUCUGAUGUGUCUGGCCUCCUUUUGUGAAGCUCAUCUUAAACCUCACUAUGAAGUUCCUGGAUUGAAGAAACACAAGCUGGUUAAAGCGUCCACCCAGCUCCAAGAGAAGAUCUGCUCUCAGCAUGACAGACUGAUCGAGAUCUACUGUCGUACUGAUCAGAGAUCUAUCUGCUUAUUAUGUACAAUGGAUAAACACAGGGGUCAUGAUACAGUUCCUGCUACAACAGAAAGAACUGAGAAACAGAAUCAGCUGAAAGUGAUGCAGAAGAAACUCCAGCAGAGAAUCCAGGAGAAGCAGAAGAAGCUGCAGGAGCUGAAACAGACUUUAAACACUCUUAAGCGCUCUGCACAGGCAGCAGUGGAGGACAGUGAGAGGAUCUUUACUGAGCUGAUCCGCUCCAUUGAGAAAAAGCGCUCUGAGGUAACAGAGCUGAUCAGAGAUCAGGAGAAGACUGAACUGAGUGGAGCUGAAGAACUCCUGGAGAAACUGCAGCAGGAGAUGGCUGAUCUAAAGAGGAGACACACUGAGCUGGAGCAGCUUUCACACACAGAGGAUCACAUCCAUUUCCUCCAGAGUUUCCAGUCUCUCUGUGUCUCUUCUGGAUCUGAGGACUCUCCCAGCAUCACUGUCCAUCAACAUCCCUCAUUUGAUGGAGUGAGGAAAUCUCUCUCUGAGCUGAAAGAGCGACUAGAGGAAUUCUGCAGAGAGGAAUUCAGGAAAAUCCCUCCACAUGGUGAGAGCUGCUGUCCUGCUGUCAGACAGAAGAAUACAAGUUAUUUUAUUCAGAUCACUGUAGAGAAACAAACCCACUCACAUUUCUUUACAGAGCUGCUGAUGAGAUCCAGGGUUCUCUGUGAUUACAGUAUUAAUAUAGACAUUUUAUUUACUAUCUAGAACCCUCAGUGAAUCUACAUGUGUUUUGUGGACUAUUGUAAUAUAACUUCCUGCAUGUUUCCCUCC